AGCUUCCUCGCGCCAAUCGGAAGUAUUGGAGAGUGGGCCUGUUGGUCGGAGGUCGGCUACGGAGCCAUGAAUAUUUUGCCCAAGAAGAGCUGGCACGUCCGGAACAAGGACAAUGUCGCCCGCGUGCGGCGCGACGAGGCCCAGGCCCGGGAGGAGGAGAAGGAGCGUGAGCGGAGGGUGUUGCUCGCUCAGCAAGAGGUAAGCCUGGGGCUGGCCCGGAAGCACGGAGGGCCUGCCGGUCACUCGCUGUCAGGCGCGGGUCAGUGUUUGGCGAUGUUUCGCUACAAAUCCUUUGCUAACUUCCAUGAAAUCUUCCUAGAUUUCCCCACUGGUGUAGUUGAAACUGCCUGCCUACCAGCCCGUCGUCUCUCUGAACCCAGGCCCUGGCUUUCCCUACUGCCACAUCUAGGGCUCUCAGAGGGACUGAAAAGACUAUUGUGUUUCUCGCCCCCACAGGAGAGGCAAGAGAAAGCACUAGGCAUCCUGACGUACUUGGGCCAGAGUGCAGCAGAGGCCCAAACUCAACCUCCUUGGUACCAGCUCCCCCCAGGGAAAGGGGGCUGCCCUCCAGGCCCAAGCCCAGAUGAGAAGAUCAAGAAUCGGUUGGACCCAUUGAGGGAGAUGCAGAAGCACCUGGGAAAGAAAAGGCACAGCAGCGAAAGCCGUCCUUCUAGAGAGGAGAGGCCUCAGAAACAACGGCCCCGAGAGCCACCUUCCCUACAAGAGCUCCGAGCUGAGCGUCUUCAGCGAGAAGCAGCUGAGAGGGCUAGAACAGAGGCCCUGCUGGCCCGUGUACAAGGCCGAGCAUCCCAACAAGGUCAGGUGGAAGUGGAAGAGACAGAUGAACGGAGGCGGCGGUACAACUCCCAGUUCAACCCUCAGCUGGCCCGGCGCCCACGCCAGCAGAACCCCACUCCUGCCCACUAACUCUUGGGGGAAUAGGAGAGGCUGCAGCUGCCAGCCGUCAUAUAAAACUAUUUAUUCAUAAAUAUUUUCCAAAAUGAAAAUAGGUUUACCAAAAAAUGUCCCUCACUGGGGAGGGGAGGAGGGGGCAACUCUCACCCCCAGGCCCCCAGGGUAGGGCAGAGAGGAAGAGAAAACCUCCCUGCCCUUUCCCUGCUCCUGGAGGGGAGGGUGCCCCAUGGCCUUGGGCCUCCCCCAGUCUUCCAGGGCAGGGCCCUCACCUGGGCAGGGGGAUCAGCAUGCGGGGGGGAGGGGUCAGGUAGAGGGGGCCGGUGUCACUGGAGGUCCCGGUCCUCCAGGUAGCGGUACUCAAAGGUGAAGCCUUCCUUCUUCCGCUGGCCCCACUUCUCGUAGUCAAAGUAGAUGUAGGUGCCCUGGCCGGGGAAGAAGGUGGUCAGUGAGUGGACGAGGAGGGGAGCUGAGAUCUGGGCCAGGCAGAUGACAAAAGAGGCAGUUGUCAGGUACAUGGAGGUGCCAGUCUGAUUGUUGUACAUGCUUGCACUAUUAUGCUCCACCCUUGGUGGUUGUAGAGUGGUGAAGGGGAGACAAAGAGGGCAAGCCCCCGGUGGGCCUGCAGGCUUUCUCUACAGCUUUGGAGGACACAGCCAUGAGGCCCACAUUAUGUUCAGACCCCGAGGAAUGGGGACAACAGGUGGCCCACAAUGUAACAGAUGUACAGCAUCCAUAUCCAAGUGCUCUACAGUGACACACACUUCAUUGUAACUGAGAUUCUAGGACUCAGUGCCCUGAGAUGUAUUCGAGGACCAAACCAGGAAAGGACAACAAGUCUGAAAUCGAGGUUGGCAGCAAAAGAAAGAAGCUGAGUCAAGUGUCUGAAAUGCUUCAACAUGGUCUGGAAGAAUGUAGGAAAUGGAGUAGAGUUCUGUAAGAAUGGGGACCAGUGAAGGCCAGCUUGGCACCCGGAAGUGUAGGUGGGGAAAUGUGUACAGGGGAAGCCACCAUGGAACACACCAACUGAAAGCAAUUAAAAAGAAAUCCAUGACGCUCACUGUA